AUGUUGAAGCCCCGUUCACUUCUACGAGGAGAUAUAACAUAUGAUGUUGCAAAGGACAGUGACGCUAAUAUUCUCCACGAGUUAGGCUACAGAGAUCAGAAGAUCCGAUUCUUUACCUAUCUGUACCGAAACCGAGAGCUGAUCAAGUCGCUUAUUACCACACAUCUUGGUCUGGCAUCUCAAAAUUCGUGUCAUCUUGUGGAUGUGGAAGACUGGAUACAUGGAAGCUUUAAUGUUUGCAUUCGGGCUGAUGUCUUCGACUCGACAGGAGCGGUCGGGAGGCAGGUGAUGAUUCGUUUCCCUCUGCCGUAUCGAAUUGGGGAGUAUUUUUGCCCUGGAAAUGCGGAUGAGAAAGUUCGUUGUGAAGUUGGAACUUAUACAUGGCUUAAAGAAAAUUGCCCGACUGUCCCCAUCCCCCGUCUCUAUGGAUAUGGGCUUUCGAGCGGCAAAACUGUAUCACUCUCAUUUAUUCUACCCCCAAUCUGA